AUGGAAAUCAUGAUAGAUGCAACUGCAGGGCAUGAAGCUUUAUCUUUCAUGGAUGGGUCGUCAGGAUAUAAUCAGAUUAGAAUGGCUCUAGAUGACGAGGAGAAAACAACAUUUCGAACUUCAAAAGUCAAGUCCAAGAAGAAAUGCGAUCACUUGAAAGACCUGAAGCUUGUACUUGAUCGGCUGAGAAAAUAUCAACUAAGAAUGAACCCUCUCAAGUGUGCAUUUGGUGUAACUUCAGGGAAGUUUUUGGGAUUUAUAGGGAGACAUCGCGACAUCGAAGUUGAUCACUCAAAAAUUGAUGCUAUCCAGAAGAUGCCAAGUCCGAAGAACCUGCACGAAUUGAGACGAUUGCAAGGUCGUUUGGCUUACAUUAGAAGGUUUAUAUCUAAUCUUGCAGGUCGAUGUCAACCAUUCCAGAGACUAAUGAGGAAGGAUGCAGUCUUUGAUUGGGACCAGUUAUGCCAAAAUGCAUUUGAUAGCAUAAAGAAGUAUCUAUUCAACCCUCCGGUCUUAAGUGCGCCUGCAGCUGGAAAACCAUUAAUAUUGUAUAUUGUGGCUCAAGAGACUUCGCUCGGGGCAUUACUUGCACAAGAAAAUGACAAGGUGAAGGGCCAAGCAUUAGCAGGUUUCCUGGCUGAUCAUCCAGUUCCAUCAAAUUGGAAGUUAUGUGACAACUUACCUGAUGAGGAAGUAUUGUUUGUUGAAAGCAUGGAGCCUUGGAUCAUGUUCUUUGAUGGUGCGACACGAAGAAGUGGAGCUGGUGUUGCCAUUGUCUUCAUUUUUCCCGAGAAACAUAUGUUGCCAUAUAGCUUCACGCUCGGUGAAUUGUGUUCAAAUAAUGUCGCCGAGUACCAAGCCUUUAUUAUCGGCCUCCAAAUGGCUUCAGAAUUUGGGAUAAAGUGCAUAGAAAUAUUCGGCGAUUCGAAGUUAAUCAUAAAUCAACUCUCUUAUCAGUACGAGGUAAAGCAUCAAGACUUGAAGCCUUACUUUAGUUAUGCUAGAAGAUUGAUGGACAGAUUCGACAACAUAAUAUUGGAGCAUAUACCGAGAUCAGAAAAUAAGAAAGCUGAUGCACUUGCAAAUUUGGCCACUGCUUUAACAGUCUCGGAAGAUAUACCAAUAAACAUUUUCCUUUCCCAAAAAUGGAUUGUGCCUUCAAUUGAAAGUCAAUACGAAGAAGCUGAUGUGAUAUAUGUAUAUGCAAUUGAUGAAGAAGAUUGGCGCUAA